AUGGCUCACGAAGAAGAAGAGCCUAAAAAGAUUCCUGAUGAAGAUGGAGAUCACGUUGUUUACAAGGCCAUAUGCUUGCCCAUGAACUCCAUGGUCAUGGCAAUCAAAGCCACCGAUCUUGAUCAAUCACGGCCGGAUUUGGAAAAUGUUGGACCCAAAAACGCUAACCUUUGGGUGGUGACGCCAAUUAAUUCCGCUGGUUCUUUACAAUCCAUAAUAUCGUCUUCUUUCCCAGACGGCUUAUCCGAGCCAUGCAUUGCAAUUGUUCUCAAACAAACUCUAAGUGCCUUGUCCAAUUUUCACAGCCAAGAUUUCCUUCACGGAGACAUCAAGGCAAGUAACAUCCUGAUUGACUCAAAUGGGUCCGUCAAGCUUGCAUCAUCCUCUUUGAUGCUCACUCAUGACGUUGCGGGCGCGCCUUAUUGGAUGGCACCGGAGGUAAUUAACUCGCAAAAUAAUGGUAAUUACAGCUUGAAGGUUGAUAUGUGGUCCUUUGGAAUCACUGCGUUAGAAUUGGCCCGCGGACGCCCUCCUUUGUCUCGCCUCCCUCCUUCAAAUCACAACAACUUCUCCGAGGCUUUCAAAGACAUGGUGGCUUCUUGCCUCCAUCAAGACCCAUCAAAGAGGCCCUCCGCAGAGACAUUGUUGAAGCAUUCCUUCUUCGAGAAUUGCAGGGGUUCGGAUUUUCUUGUUAAGAAUGUCUUGCAGGGGUUGCCGCCUAGUGACGACUCAGCUAUGGUGGAGGGUCUGGUGGCGUUGAGGAGGGGCUUGGGUGAGCAAAGGGAAACGGUGAGCAAUCUGAUUGAUUUGGAGAUGGGGAGGGAGCAGAAGAUGCCUAGUGACUCAGCUAGAAGGAUUAUCAGUGGGUGGAACUUCAACGAGGAAAGGUUUGAACUCGACCCAGUCUUCCAAACCGAGUCCACUACAAUAAUUGAAGACAAGAGAGGUGAGUUGGGUGAGACAGGCGAGUUAAUUGAUCAUAGUGAUCAGGCUGAGGAAGCGAUGAUGGAGGAUCUGGAUCUGGAUGACUUGAAGCUUAGCUUGUAUCUGCAAAUGGUAAGAGUGGAGAAUCUGAUUUUUCAGUUACGUGAGAAGGAGGAGAAGGCUAAGGUUAUAGAGAGGCAGAGGGUUGAGUUGGAGUACGAGAAAGAGUGGAACUUAAAGAAGUUGGAGAUGGAUUUGGAAGAUCUCUAG